AUGGCGCCCACGAGUGCAGCCAUCACAGGGCUGCUACGCCAGGUCGUCUACUACCAUGUCGACAACAAUGCCUACGAGAAUGCCCUCUUCUUCGCCGAGAGGCUAAGCGCCCAAGACCCCAAGUCGAGCGAGUCUGCACAUCUCUUGGCCCUCUGUCACCUCCGUCUUGGUGACCACAGGACCGCCUUCGAAGUCAGCAGACCCUCUGCCUCCCGUGGGUCGAACCUCGGUGCUGCUUGGGUCUUUGCGCAUGCAUGCAUGAAGAUGGAACGCUACAAAGAUGGUAUUAACGCAUUGGAAAAAGUGCGGGACAAGUGGAUUAGCAAAAUGAACAUUGGCAAGCACACCAACUCCACUCGCUCGUUGUAUCCUGACGAGGCCGCUGUUCACUGUCUCCUUGGUAAGCUAUACCGGGCUUACGACGACAAGCGGAGGGCCAUUGAGUGUUUUGAGACCGCUGUGAGGGUGAACCCCUUCAUGUGGGAUGCUUUUCAGGCCCUCUGCGACAUGGGUGUAAAGCUGCGGGUACCGAAUAUCUUCCAGGUCACCGAAUCCCUCACCCACUCGUUCGAAUCAGAAGUCGUAGCGUUGUCACAAGAACCCAAGGAGAGCAUUGCGAACUCCUUUGAGCCCAAGAGACCCCUGGGACGCACAGCCAUGGACUCGUCUGAUCCGUUCAACCUCCACCGCUCUUCUACAUAUCAGGACAUGCCCUACAGCGCCAACAUGUUUUCUGCUGAGGCAGAGGAGAACGACUUCAUGUCUAAGAUCACUGCGGCAAGGUCAAGGCUGGCGCCGCCAUCCACGAGCAAUGGCGACCUGGAUUUGAUGGAGACACCCACAGGGCCGGUCUCCAUGCCCGAGGUUCCUACCAUGCGCUCCGCAUUUGGCGCCGCCGAACCACCACAGGCGCCUCCUCGCAGGACAAGGACGGCCCAGGCCGUGGACCCAGGCUUUCUGGAGGCACCACCGAAGAUGAGCUACAAGCUGGGCGGCGCCAAGAGAAGCACCAGGAGCCAGGAUAAAGAACAGCAGCCCGUUGAGCUGCAUUCCGACACUGGGACCGGCAAUGGCGCCUUACGAUCGACAGCGGCACCUACGGAGCGGAAGCGGACAGUGUCUGGACACCCUGUUUCCCGACAACACUCCGAAGAGGCCAGUGCGCCCGCACAACGGAGAAGCGCGAGGCUCAACAUGUUUAACAAGCCCUCGAUCAUGAAGUCGAAUUCUGGCGCCGCUACCAUUGGCGCCACUACUGGUCGCGAGCUGAAGAAGGCUAGGCCCCAGAUUUCUCGAAUAAUGCGACCUGGCUCUAGCGGCUCCAGCGUCGGCAGGGUCGUGAGCGGCAACCGCAAACCCGUCGAAGACAGCGGUAUGGAUGUCGACCAUGCCGAAACCACCCGUGUGAGGGAGUCUCAUGCGGUACAGCAUGCAGCGCCGAAAACUGCUCCUCCCGAACCUGACCAUGUCAAGAUUGAGGAGGCUUUGAGAUGGAUAAUGGAGUUGCUGAAGAAAUUCGCAUCAGGAUAUUACUCGUUCAAGGGGUUCCGCUGCCAGGAAGCGUUGCAAAUAUACGCCUCGCUACCCAGGAGCCAGCAAGACACUCCUUGGGUCCUGGCACAGAUGGGACGGGCGCAUCACGAACAGGCCGCAUACAAGGAUGCUGAGAAAUACUUCAGAAAACUCCGCGUCGUGGCCCCCACCCGGAUGGACGACAUGGAGAUAUACUCGACCAUCCUUUGGCACCUUAAGCGCGAGACGGACCUGUCGUUUCUCGCGCACGAGCUGGUCGAUGCCGACUGGACGUCGCCGCAGGCUUGGUGCGCCCUGGGCAACGCGUGGUCGCUGGCCCGGGAACACGAAAUGGCAUUGCGCUGCUUCAAGCGGGCGACGCAGCUCAACCCCAGGUUCGCAUACGCCUUUACCCUGCAAGGUCACGAGCAUGUAGCGAACGAGGAAUAUGAGAAGGCUCUCGGCGCCUUUCGCAAGGCCGUCACGGCUGACCGGCGCCACUACAAUGCCUACUACGGCAUAGGCCAGGUCUUUGAGAAGCUCGGCAACCACGAAAAGGCAUAUGUGCACUUCCACACGGCAUCCGACAUCAACCCAUCCAAUGCCAUCCUCAUCUGCCGCAUCGGAGCCAUCCUCGAGAGGCAGAAGCAGAUGAUGGCCGCAUUGCAGUUCUACACGAAGGCUACAGAACUGGCACCACGAGCGGCCGUUGUCCGUUACAAGAAGGCGCGCGCCCUAAUGAGUCUCGGCAAGAUUGACCUUGCAGAGAAGGAGCUGCUCAUUCUGAAAGAUAUGGCCCCUGACGAGGCCUUGGUACACUUCCUGCUCGGCAAGCUGUACAAAAAUAUCAACGAGAAGCAGAUGGCGGUGCGCGCCUUCAGCAAUGCGCUCGCUCUGGAUCCAAAGGCCAGUCAGUCAAUCAAAGACGCCAUUGAGAGCCUCGAAGAUGACAUGGGCAUGGAAGACUCGAUGAUGACGUAG